AUGCAGACCGACAGUGACAGUGCGAGCGAGACCGGCGAGACUGAGAAGGAGACCGCGAGCGAGACCGGCGAGACUGAGAGGGAGACCGCGAGCGAGACCGGCGAGACUGAGAGGGAGACCGCGAGCGAGACCGAGAGCAAGAACAAGAACGAGACUCAGAAUGAGAGCGGGGGACAACGGGCUUUUCUGGUACUCGAGCUUCCUGAGCUCGGGUACCAAGCUAUUUUUUUAAUUCCUUAUUUCCAUGUCACGGUGCCAGGCGGACUAAAAAAACAUGGAUUGAAAGCUGACUCCCAAGUAUCAUUAUCUGUCCUCAAGUAUGAGCUUGCCAUACACCCACGGUUUCCUCAUCCCGUGUACUCUUCACUGAGAUUGAAAGCUGAUUCCAAGUAUCAUUAUCUGCCCUCAAGUUUGAAACCCAUACACCCACGGUUUUCUUCAAGGAUACUGGUCAUGGAAACCAACACUAAUGAACCCUUUGUCCAAACACCAGCUGCUACAGAAGAUGAUAUUCCCACCCAAGUUGAGGAUUCUGCUGCUACCCAAGCUGCUUCCCAAGCUGAAGCAGCUGCUGCUUCUGAGUUGCCCCCAGUUCCACCAUGCCAAGUGAGUAUGACAGCUCCUGUUAGUGGUAGUUGUAGUGGUAGGAAAAAGUCUGUUGUUUGGGGUCACUUUGAAAAAGUAAAGAUAGGUGAGGGUGAUACUAGUAAGACUAAGGCUAUCUGUAAUUAUUGUCAAAAAUCUUAUAAUGCUGAUAGUAAGAGUUGUGGUACCAGUAAUUUGUUAGCUCAUGUGCCAUUAUGUCCCAAGAACCCUAAUAGAGAAGAUGUAGUUAAAGGGCAGAAAACAUUAGCUUUUGUACCCAAAAAGGAUGGAGAAGACGGAUUCCACCUUGUGUCAACAUCCUUUUCUGUUGAGGCUUCUAGAAAGGCAUUGGCCAAAAUGGUUAUAAUUGAUGAGUUGCCUUUUAGGUAUGUCAAGGGGUAUGGGUUUAAGAAAUUUGUUAGUACCUUGCAACCUAAGCUUAGAUUAAAGGAUAUCCCAUCUCGUCAAACUGUGGCUAGAGAUGUGAUUGGCAUUUAUAAUAGUGAGAGAGAAAAGCUAAGGAAAUCCUUGAAGGGUUGUAGGGUGUGUCUCACUACGGACACAUGGACUUCUAUUCAAAAUUUAAAUUAUAUGUGUCUGACUUGUCACUUUAUUGAUGAUGCUUGGAAAUUGCAUAAGAGAAUUCUAAUUUUUUGUCAAGUUGAAGACCACAAGGGGGAGACUAUAGGUAGAAAGAUUGAGAUGUCGUUGCGUGAGUGGGGUAUUGAUGGGAUAUUCACCUUGACAGUAGAUAAUACUAGCUCAAAUUUAACAACAAUUAAAUUUUUGCAAAGGGUGACUAAAGAUUGGAAUGGGGCAGUUUUAGGAAAUGAGUACAUGCACAUGAGGUGUUGUGCCCAUAUCCUAAAUCUCAUUGUGGAGGAGGGUUUAAAAGAGAUAGAUGCAUCUGUUGCUAAGGUGCGUGAAGUUGUGAGGUAUGUGAAGUCCUCACCCAAUAGAAGUCAAACUUUUAAGAGUUUUAUGGAGAGGUUGGGUAUGGAGUCUAAGAGUCUUCUUAGUCUAGAUGUACCUACUAGGUGGAACUCGACCUAUAUCAUGUUAGAAACUGCUGAAAAUUUUGAGAAAGUGUUUCUCCGAAUGGAUUUUGAAGAUGAUGGUUAUUCGUCGUACUUUAGGACCAAGGAAGAUAGUGGUGGUUUGGGGUCUCCAUGUAUGAUUGAUUUCCAAAAUUGUAGGGUGUUUGUGAUUUUCUUAAGGCCGUUUUAUAAUGCAGCAAAGAAAUUUUCUGGUUCAUUGUAUGUUACUUCAAAUGCCUUCUAUGAUGAGAUAUUUGUUAUUCAGGAGAGUAUUUCCAAUUUAGUUAAAUCCCAAAACACUCUCUUGAAAAGCACAGCCACAAACAUGCAAACUAAGUUUGAGAAGUAUUGGGGGGAAGGGGAGAAAAUUAAUCAUCUUUUGUAUGUGGCUGUGGUCUUUGAUCCACGAAAAAAAUUGAGGUUUUUGAAGUUUUUAUUUUCUGAAAUUUAUGGGAAUGCAGUUGCAGAAGUGAUGGUUGAUAAGGUGAAAGACCUUUUGUUUAAGUUGUAUAAUUUUUACACUUGUAUUCAUUCACCAAAUGUACAAGAUCAAAGUGGAAGUGAGAGGACAGAAUUGGAAACUGAUGCUAGUGAUCCAUAUGUUAUGAAAGGUGCAAAUUUUGAGAUAUUGGAGUGGUGGAGGGACAAUUGUAAUAGGUACCGAGUGUUGUCUAAAGUAGUUAAGGAUGUGCUGGCUGUGCCAGUUUCCACUGUUGCAUCUGAGUCAGCAUUUAGCACUGGAGGUCGAAUUGUUGAUCCAUUUCGAAGUGCAUUAUCUCCUCUCAUGGUUCAAAACCUUGUAUGUUCACAAAAUUGGCUUCAAGCCACAGUUCCAAUUUCUCAUCGCCAGUCAAGGGAUGAUGUUGAGGCAUUGAAGGAGGAGUUACUUGACUUAGGUUAUAUGGGUGUUGAGCAGUUUACUGCCUAG